AUGGCAACCUCGCUCACUUCUCGUCCAUUAGCUACAAUUUUAUUCGACAUAUAUCCUAUACUUCCAGAACAAAUUGUGCCAUAUUCGCUUACGAGGCUCAAUCAAUGGUAUAAAGAUUUCACAGCAGACCCACAUUACAACUUCGAGCCAGUAUGGUUUUCUAGUUUCUUGGUUAUCGAAUUGUUUUUGCAUUUACCUUUUUUCUUUUAUGCUAUUAAUGGAUUAGUAAAAGAUAACCCUUCACUUCGUCUUCCUUUACUAAUAUACGCGACUGAAGCAGCUGCAUCAACUUUUGCAGUUAUUGGUUCCUUGAUUUUCGAACAGAAUGCAGCAUUUACCAACGAAAAAAAAUAUUUUCUCGUUGCUGUCCAUUCACC